AUGGAGUUUGAAUUUCAUAUGAGGGAGCUAGACAACUUGGAUAAGCGCAUAAGACCGUAUCUGGAACAGAUUGGCCAUGAAAAAUGGUCAAGGUACUCUACCAUGACAUCUAACAUAGCUGAAGCACUGAACUCAGCAAAUUUAGCAACAAGGGAAACACUAGUGACAACAUUAAUGGAGUGCUUGAGGGCACAAAUACAAGAGUGGACAUACAAUAAUAGAAACGAGGCACAAAAAUGCACAACAAGGCUGACACCAUCAUCUGAGAAAAAACUCAUUGGGAACUAUGUGAAACCAGCAAAUCAAAACCUAUUUGAGGUGAUAGAUGAAGACAGAACAAGAAUAGUAAACUUGAAGGACAGGACGUGCACAUGCAACAGAUUUCAAAAAGAUGAAAUGCCAUGUAACCAUGCAGUUACCGUCAUGAAGGACUUGAACAUAAACACAUACAACUACUGUGCACACUACUACACAUCAAAAGCAUGGCUGCAAACAUAUGAAGAAAUAGUAUACCCAGUUGAAAACGUUAGAGAAUGGGAACUACAAAAUUUUUUUGAACACAUCAUAGUGUUGCCUCCAAAAGAAAGAAUCAAGUCUGGAAGGCCGAGGAAAAGAAGAAUGGCGGCAGCUUGGGAAACAAAGAAGCAAAACAAGUGUGGCAAGUGUGGGCAAAAGGGACAUAACAAAAAGACCUGCAGAAGAAUUACAACAUAG